CUGACCAAUCGAUAGAAUUUAUUUUCAAUUUGAAUUUCAUUUCCCCAAUCUAUAAAAUAGAGGACUCAGCGUAUAACUGUAAUCUGUUUGUUACAAAGAAAAAUCAAGAUGGAGAAGAAGCAAGUAAAACAAGCCAUGGUGGUUUUUAGUGCUCUUGCAUUUGGAUGGGUUGCUAUUGAGAUGGCUUUCAAACCUUUUCUCGAUAGCAUUCGUGCCGCCAUGGACAAGUCCGAUCCUCAACGCGACCCUGAUGAUGUCACCGACGAUGCUGCAGCCGCCGCCGCCAAAGAUUUACUUUCUGAUGCCGAUGCUGAUGCUGAUGCUGCCGUCGUUUCAGACGAUAAGCCAGCAACCGUCUGAUGAUAGUGGUCCGAAAUGAGGAAGGGAGAGUUAUCCAAGCAAGGCAAGUGAAGCUUGCUGGCAAUUUUUCACCUAGGGUAGCUGAAUCGAUGGGGAUCCGGAAAGCUUUGAGUUGGCUUAAGGAGCUUGAUAAAGUGGUUGUUGAAUCCGACGCAUUGGAGAUUGUGGCGGAAAUUAGAAACCCGGAUCUUGUUGAUCAAGAUAUCAUUGUUGAGGAUUGUGCGAAUUUAGCAAAACAGUUUAGUAAUGUUUUAUUUUUGUUUGUGAGGCGAUCUGCGAAUCAGGCUGCGCAUGCUAUGGCGCAAAAUACCCGUUCCAUUUCAGGUCAUCAGGAGUGGUUUAGCAACUUUCCUGAAUUUCUCACAUUUGUAACUGCUUUGAAUUAUUAAUGAUAUCUCCGAUUUGAUUUUCAAAAAAAAAAAAUAGUAAUAUUCUUUUGCGCUGUCAAACAUAUAUAUCGUUUGAAUUUUAGUUUAUUGAUUUUAAUAUCUUAA